AUGCCCAAGCCCUCCAAAGGCCAGAUCGUCGUUCGCAAUGCCGCUGUCGCCAUCAACCCCGUCGAUACUUACAUCCAGUCCCACGGCAAUCUCAUGUUCACCCACCUCAAAUACCCCUUCGUACUCGGCUACGACCUGGCGGGGGAAGUCGUCCAAGUCGGCCCCGGCGUGACGCGCUUCAAGGUUGGCGACCGCUUGCUCGCAUUCGGCCGGGGCGCCGACAAGGCCAUCCAAGAUCCCGCGCAAAGCGCCUUCCGGCAGCACACCGUUGUGUUCGAAAACCUGGCGGCGGAGCUGCCGGCCCACGUGGACUACGCCCGCGGCGCGACGCUCCCACUCGCCGUGGCCACGGCGGCGGCGGCGCUCUUCGACGAGUCCCGACUCGGCCUGCAGCUGCCGACAGAGCCGCGGCAGCCGCCCACGGGCAAGACGGUCGUCAUCUGGGGUGGCUCGACCAGCGUGGGCUCCAACGCGAUCCAGCUGGCCAUCGCGGCCGGGUACGAGGUGUUCACGACGGCCGGGUCCAGGAACCACGAGACGAUGCGCCGGCUGGGCGCCGCCGGGGUGUGGGACCACAAGAGCGGCACGGCGGCGGGCGAGAUCGCGGCGGCGCUCAACGAGCAGGGCAAGACGCUCGCGGGCGUCGUGUCGAUCGGGUUCGGCGCGGCCGAGCAGUGCAUCCGCAUCGUGGACAGGGUCCGCCGCGGCAACAAGUUCAUCGCCAUGGCGACGUAUCCGACGCCUGAGAAGAUCCCGCAGAGCUUUGCCUUGCUCCGCGUGGGGGUACCGUAUGUGUCCGCCCUGCUGUCGUACAGGAUCCGCGGCGCGAUGCGGGGGUUCAAGUCUGCGCUGGUGGUUGUCGAUCCUAUACUGUCCAAUGGCCUUGCUCGUCGCAUAUUCCGGGAUUUCUUGCCCAAGGCGCUGGAGGCGGGCAGUUAUGUUCCGACUCCGGAGCCCGAGGUUGUCGGCCACGGGCUGGAAUACAUCCAGCCGGCCUUCGAGAAGCUGAGGAAGGGCGUGUCUGCGAAGAAGAUUGUCGUCACUCUUUGA